GAGAAGCAGGUGUGUAAGGAGAAAACCCAAAACCAUAGGAUCAUCUCAGAUCUCCAAGUUUCAUUCAUUUUCAACUUGGACAAGUAAAGCUGAGAAGUCGAAGUUAGUAACCACCAUCAUCUUUUUUCUUCAUUGUCCGCUCAUUAUAAUUGAAAAUGCUGGAAGUUAUCAGUAAUUGACUAGUGAAUUUGUUCAAAAAACAGAAAGAGAAUUGUAAAGUAGUGGGAAAAGCAUUCGUUUUCUGUUGAGGCAAAGAAGUAAAGUCAUGGGGACGGCGACAAGAGCCGGUGUUCCAAAGUCGGAAGCAAUUUCGAAAGGCUACAAUUUCGCUUCUAAUUGGGAACAGAAUGCUCCGUUAACAGAGCAACAACAAGCAGCCAUACAGGCACUUUCCCAUGCAGUUGCUGAGAGACCUUUCCCAUCCAAUUUGUUGCAGGAUCAAGUUUCUGGACAGGAUAAUAGUCUGUCUGUCUCAACAAAGCUCAGUUCUCUGGAGGAGUCAGGGGACAUUGAAGCAGUCCUAGUGAAUACAAAUCAGUUUUACAAGUGGUUUGCGGAUCUUGAAGCAGCCAUGAAAUCAGAGACUGAAGAAAAAUAUCAGCAUUAUGUCAACACCUUAACAGAGCAGCUUCAGACCUGCGAUAGUAUACUUCACCAGGUGGAUGAAACACUUGACUUAUUCAAUGAGCUGCAAUUGCAGCACCAAGCAGUGGCAACAAAGACUAGAACCCUUCAUGAUGCGUGUGAUAGACUGCUUUUGGAGAAGCAGAAAUUAAUUGAGUUUGCAGAAUCACUUCACAAUAAGCUCAACUACUUUGAUGAAUUGGAGAAUGUUGCGACCACUUUUUAUUCUCCUAGCAUGAGCGUUGGGAGUUCAAAUUUUCUUCCAUUGCUUAAAAGACUUGAUGAGUGCAUAUCAUAUGUCGAGGAUAACCCACAAUAUGCAGAGUGCAGCAUUUAUUUGGUCAAGUUUCGACAACUUCAGUCUCGAGCUCUGGGAAUGAUUCGCUCUCAUGUUCUUUCCGUUCUUAGAAGUACUUCUUCUCAGGUUCAGGCUGCUAUACGAAGCAGUGGUGGUAGCAAAACAUCUUUUGCCGAGGGUAUAGAGUCAUCUAUAAUAUAUGUACGCUUCAAGGCUGCAGCAAAUGAGCUUAAGCCUAUAUUGGAGGAAAUUGAAAGCAGAACACCUAGAAAAGAGUAUAUUCAACUUCUUGAAGAAUGCUACAAACUCUAUUGUGAACAGCGUCUUUCCUUGAUAAGAGGUAUAGUGCAACAGCGGAUCUCUGAAUUUUCCAGGAAAGAAGCAUUGUCAUCUUUAACUAGAUCUGGAUGUGCAUAUUUAAUGCAGGUGUGUCAGCUAGAGCAUCAACUCUUCAAACACUUCUUCCCAUCUUCUUCAGAAGACAUUUCGAGUUUGACUCCUCUUGUAGAUCCUCUGUGUACUUUCCUAUAUGAUACAUUGCGUCCUAAACUUAUUCACGAAACAAACCUGGAUGUUCUUUGUGAACUGGUCGAUAUCCUUAAAGUUGAAGUUCUAGGAGAACAACUGAGCAGACGGGGGGAGUCAUUGGCUGGGCUACAUCCAACGCUGGACAGGAUUCUGGCAGAUGUUCAUGAACGAUUAACUUUUCGUGCUCGCACCUAUAUCCGUGAUGAGAUUGCAAAUUACCUUCCUUCAGACGAGGAUCUGGAUUACCCUAAAAAGUUGGAGCAAUCUGUUUCAGCAGAACUGGAUUCACCAUCUACUGAACAAAACCCUGAUGUUUCCGGAACUUGGUAUCCUCCCCUGGAGAAAACCAUCUCAUGUCUAUCAAAACUGUACUGUUCUCUAGAAUCAGCUGUUUUUACUGGAUUAGCUCAGGAAGCUGUAGAAUUUUGCUCGUUAUCCAUUCAAAAAGCUAGCAAACUUAUUGGCAAAAGAUCGUCAUCAAUGGAUGCACAGCUUUUCCUAAUAAAGCAUCUACUCAUCCUGAGGGAGCAGAUUGCCCCAUUUGACAUUGAAUUUUCAGUCACACACAAGGAGCUUGAUUUUUCGCAUUUGCUGGAGCAUCUGAGGCGGAUUCUAAGGGGUCAGGCAUCAAUCUUUGACUGGUCGAGAUCAUCUUCAUUAGCUAAAACUUUAUCUCCAAGAGUCUUGGAAAGUCAAAUUGACGCCAAGAAGGAACUGGAGAAAAGCCUGAAAACUACUUGUGAGGAGUUCAUUAUGUCAGUCACUAAGUUAGUUGUGGAACCAUUGCUUUCUUUCGUGACAAAGGUUACGGCUGUUAAAGUUGCUUUGUCUGGUAGUCAAAAUCAAAAACUGGAGUCUGGGAUUGCAAAGCCACUCAAGGAUCAUGCUUUUGCUUCACCAGAAAAGAUUGCCGAGCUUCUUCAGAAGGUCAGCACAGCAAUAAAUGAAGAUUUGCCUUUGGUAUUGGUAAAAAUGAGGCUCUAUCUGCAGAAUUCGUCGACACGUGCUAUACUUUUCAAACCCAUUAAGACUAAUAUAUUGGAAGCACACGUUCAAGUGCUAUCCCUUCUGAAAAAAGAAUAUACACCUGAGGAUAGACAAGAGCUUGUCAAGAUGGUCGCAAUACAGGAUUUGGAAGCUAAACUAGAUAAGCUUCUAUGAUGAGCUCCCAAAGCAGUGCUUUCUUCAGCUCCGACUUCUAUGAUACCAGAAUUUAUCGAUGUAUAGGUUCUGGGAACUUUUUGGCAUGGCGGAAAGUUGUAACGCUAGUGCAAUGAGUACAUUGGUUCUAUGUUGAUUAUAGAUCAUACAUGUAAAGCUUGAUUGAAGGAACAACUUAAAGAGUUGGCUUCGGGAUUUGUUUAUCAGAAUUUCCCAUCGAUCCCCUUAGGCUGUGAACAGAUAUCGUACGCAUCACCCUUUUUGCUAUUGGUAGCAGAUUUGGCAUUUCAAAUUUCUUCUUGUACACCUUGUAAUCGUGUCCUUUGUUUUUCUGUGAUUCUAUAACUUUUAUUGCUCUCUCAAGAGACUUAAUUAACUCGUUAAAUUUUUGUUUGA